AUGUCUAGAUUCGACCAAAUUCAUGGGCUCCAAAUCUCGAAGCGGGUGCACCACCUGCAACAAACAUCCGCGCUAAGGGAUGCCAGAACUCGACGUAUCAAAUGCGAUGAGAGGCAUCCAAGAUGCUUGCGCUGCUGUAAAAGCGGGUUCAAAUGCGAGUAUGAUGCUGUGCAAGCGAUCACACCAGGCUCAGCCUUUGUAAUUUACAGUGCUGGUGCUCUUCGACUGAGCCCUCGAGAUCUGCCUGAUGCCGAUCCUCGUGACCUGCGCGCCUUGAACUAUUUCCAAUCAUUGACCAUACUUGAGAUUGGUGGUCCAUGGUCAACUGAGCUGUUUACCAAAUUUUUGCUGCCAAUGUCACGCCAUGAGUGUAGCAUCAGACAAGCUGUUGUCGCGCUCGGAACACUUCAUGAAGGCUAUGUCGAGGCUGGUGGUUCAACGAAAACGGAUCUCGCUUGUUCAACGCAACGGCACGCCCUAAUGCAGUAUGGUGCUGCAGUUCGUUCUGUGAUGGCACUUCGAAUCAACCAACAUCAAAGGAAUGCUAUAGAUGUCGCCCUCGUUGCGAGUAUUCUGUUUGCAUCCAUUGAAAAUUUGCGUGGUCAUACGAAGACCUCUCUGAUACACGUGUUCUCAGGACUCAGAAUCUUGCAGGGAGCAGAAGAGGAAUACCCCAACGCUGUUUGUGAAUCGAUACCACGACACCUAUUACGCAUUGUUCUGCAGCGUCUUGUCGGUCAAGUGUUCGAAACUGGUUAUCGAGACAUCAUCCCUGUGGUCACAGUAUCCUCGGACCUGGGGAAAACCGAAACAGGAUUACUUUUGAACGCUAUUAGUCAAACGGAAGCUCUCCACUACCGCCUUCACCACUUUUUUCAUCAUCAGACCCUGAGUCUAGCAAAGAUCUCUAAUAUAGAUAUAGGCGGAGUCUACGCUACAAUCGCAGAGGCCUUUGGCAGUUUCAAGUUUCUCCUCGAGCAAAUCAAAGUUAAGCACAAAGCAUUCCUUCUUUCGAGCAGGGGUUGUUCCAAAGAGGACUGUGAAGACAGAAAUCUGUUGUUGUUCAACGUGAUGGUGACCAACCUUGAAAUCAUCUUCAACGUUCAUAAAACGAUGAACGAAAUGUCGCCUGAUACCCUCAUUCGGAAGUUUCGAGAACAUUUGGAUUGGUCUGGGACGCACAUUAGAACAUUCUCUAGAUUUACGGGAGCUGACGACUGCUCAGAACGAGCCACAAACACGACCAGUGUUUCGAACGAUGGCAGUAAAGACUCGAGAGUGGCUCAAAGUGGUCGAAUCAACAAACGCGUGCGAGGUAUCUUACCCAAACCAGCCACAUCUUUGGCGCCAUCCUUUUCCGCCAACCCCGGUGUUGUUCCAUCUCUGUAUAUGACUGCUGCACGUUGCCAAGAUCCUGUUAUCAGAAGGGAAGCCCUCCAGCUCCUUAAGGCAUGCGAUCGACGAGAAGGCCUGUGGGAUUCCAAUAUUGCAGCAGGGAUUAUCAGCAGGAUUAUUGAGAUCGAAGACUCACCACUGCUUGAAACAUGA